UUACUACAUUCCGGCAGCCGACGACAAGCGGUGUGCCACCCCUACUUUUACAAUUCGAACAUUUUGUGCGCAAGUAAUACCGAAAAUAGGAUUCCAACUCCAACAGAAGCGCCAAAACAACGGAAAGCUCUCGUCGCUGCCGGAAAGCUUGCCACGUGCGUGUGUGCAAUUGCAAUUCAACUCGAAAGGAAUUAUUUGUUUGCUAUUCGGGGCAAAAAAUAUAUUUCAUAAGGCGUUUCACCACACGACUACAACACUACACAUACAAUUGUCUCUGUCACGCGCAAGCCUUUCAGACUGCUGUUCCCAUCGUGUCGGUCGCUCUUUUGCUCUGUUCGUUCGGUCCGCCUGGCCAGCAUUGAUUGAAAUCGAGUAAAAAAAAAAAUAAUCGUCGCCGUAGUCUUCGUCGGGUCGCCGUUUACACGCGCCAGAGCCAGUGCCAGAGCUGCAAUAUUUCGAGACAAGGGACACAAAUUAUAAGCAAAGCAGAGCAAAUUCAAGUGGAGCGCAGCUCAGCCUUUGUGUUUCGUUUAUUUUCCAGCGAUUUUAGACACAAGUUUGGUUCCGUUUUCGACUCGAUAAAAGAAGAACAAAAGAAUCGGCGAACGAGCCAGAGCCACACAGACCAACCAAACACUCACACUCACACAACCAAACCAGAAAAUCAAAUUUCAAUCAGAAAAUGGCGUUAAAAAGAAUCAAUAAGGAACUGCAAGAUCUGGGCAGAGAUCCACCUGCACAAUGUUCAGCCGGACCAGUUGGAGACGAUUUGUUUCACUGGCAAGCUACAAUAAUGGGCCCGCCGGACAGCCCUUAUCAAGGAGGUGUAUUCUUCUUAACUAUACAUUUUCCAACAGACUAUCCCUUUAAGCCACCAAAAGUGGCUUUUACAACGCGCAUAUACCAUCCAAACAUCAACAGCAAUGGAUCGAUUUGUCUCGAUAUAUUAAGAUCUCAGUGGUCGCCAGCAUUAACUAUUUCAAAAGUCUUAUUAUCAAUUUGCUCUCUACUCUGUGAUCCCAAUCCAGACGAUCCGCUUGUUCCAGAGAUUGCCCGAAUAUAUAAAACCGAUCGGGAAAAAUAUAAUGAGCUGGCACGAGAGUGGACUAGAAAGUAUGCUAUGUGAUGCGUUCCAGAUUGCAGUCCAACAAAAACAAUAACAGCAACAACAACAACAUCAGCAACAACAACAGCAGCAACAACAAAAACAGCAGCAGCCAGCAUAACACCAACAACAAUUUGCAAAAAUAGUCAAAAAUACCCAAGGGAAUGGAUCAGCUGCAGCCGCAAUUUUGUUAUUACUGGCAACAGCCGCCGGGCGGUUGACCACAAGAACAAGUUCAAUAGCAACAACAACAAUAUCAGCAGGAGCUGCGGCUACAGCAAAAACAACAAAAACAUCCGAAUUUGCAGUCAACCCAACAAAAGAAAUAACCGUUACACCAACACCAACAAGAUCUGGAACAACAACACCAAUGGCAGCAACAUGAAAUUGCGCUCCUGCCGCUGCCGUCGCCUCCGCCUGAGUGGCAGCAUUCAAAUCAACAAAAACAAUAGCCGUCACAAGGGGAACGAGGGUCGUGCAGCAGUAGCAGAAGGAACACCAACACCAACACCAACAACAUCGGUAGCAGCAAGCAACUCAACUGGCGGCAUCAGCAGAUUGGUGUAAGCAGACUGCGGACUCUUUGAUCUGGUACUGGUACUGGGAAUGAGAGGGUAAUGUUUGACCGAACAGCAGAAGCAGCAGCAAACGGCGCAGAGCAGCAGCAACACAGAAAUAAAUGGAAAUAAUUUAAUAAUAAUUACUGAGAAAAAAAAAUUAUGUAAGCAUUAAACAUUAAAAGCUAGACAGCUACCAACAACACAGCAUCAAA